AUGGAGGUACGCUCCGCCCACCUUGAGGCCGCGGCCAGGGUGAAUACGCCACACCGGAGGGAAGAGUUGGGACCAAGAGUUAGAGCCACACCGGAAAAAGGCCGUUUGUAAACGUUAGAGCUCUGUCCUUACUUGUUACUAUUAUUACUACCUGUCCAAGAGACCAGGUACCACAGACAACCCUUAGGAAGGAAAAUCGCUUGACUGAAAAAUCAGAUUUAGUACCUGGAAGUCAAAAUUGCGGUUCGGGAUGGGAAAGGCCAAAGCACAUCACCACCACCACGCCGUCCUCCAAAAGCCCCUGCAGAGCCGCUCCCAGGCUGACCCGGCUGCUGGACGCACGUCGGCCUGGUGGAUCAAUAGCAAUUUGGGGCGCUAGCGGGGGCGCCAUCUGAGUAACUCGGGUCAUCUGAACACGAUGAGUGCCGGCUGCUUUCCGUGUCCUUGGGGAGGCGCGCGCACCAUCACUUAGCGCUGGAGCCUGGCCAUUCUCGGGCACUCCCCCGCCUCCGCCUGGCGGGGCCUCGAUGCUCCUGCCUCUUCACCAGUUCCUCCUGUCCUGCGCGCUCCGGGGAGGAUGGAGGCUGCGGGGCCGCCCCAGGCCAGGAGGUGCUGCCGGGAGGCCCUGGAGAAGCUCUUCCCUCGCCUCUGCUUCCUCUGCUCCCUGGUGACCUACGCGCUGGUGGGUGCCGCCCUCUUCUCGGUCAUUGAGGGAGGCCAGGACCUGGGGGCAGAGGAUGGGGGUUUGGAGGAGUUCUUGGAGAAGCUCUGUGGCAUCUUGAAAUGCAACAGAACAGUUGAAGAAGGCAGGAAACAGGAUCUCGGGAAGCUGCUGCAAGAGGUGAAGCCCCACUGGUUUAGCAAGUCUGCAGACUGGACCUUCCUGAGCUCACUCUUUUUCUGCUGCACAGUGCUCAGCACUGUGGGUUACGGCCAUAUCUACCCCAGCACCAGGCUUGGCAAGUACUUGUUCAUGCUCUAUGCCCUCUUUGGCAUCCCCCUGAUGUUCCUGGUCCUCACCGACACAGGCGACAUCCUAGCAACCAUCUUGUCCACGUCCUACAAUCGGUUCCGAAAACUCCCGUUCCUCCCUCCUCCCCUUGGCACAUGGUGCUCCCGACUGCUCUGCAGGAGAAGGCCUGAGGCCAAGCCGGAGGACAAAGCUGUCCCGAGGAUCAGCAUCAGUGCCCAGGAGCUCCCGGGGCCCAGACCUGGCGGAGGCCCCUCAGCCCCAGGUGCCAACAUGGAGCUGUUUGAGAGACUUCUCGCGCAAGAGAAACAGAACACACUGCAACUGCCCCCAGUGGCCAUGGAGAGGAGCACCUCGUGUCCCGAGCUGGCGUCCGGGAGACCCUCAUACUCCAUCAUCAGCAACCUGGAUGAAGUGGGGCGGCAGGUGGAGACCUUUGACAUCCCCCUCCCCAUCAUUGUCCUCGUCAUUUUCGUUUACAUUUCCUGUGCAGCUGCCAUCCUCCCCAUCUGGGAGAAGCAGCUGGACUUCGAGAACGCCUUCUAUUUCUGCUUUGUCACUCUGACCACCAUUGGGUUUGGGGAUACCGUUUUAGAACACCCUCACUUCUUCCUGUUCUUCUCCAUUUACAUCAUCAUCGGGAUGGAGAUCGUGUGCAUCGCUUUCAGGUUAGUGCAAAACAGGCUGAUUCAUAUCUACAAACAUCUCUUGCUGUUCUUUACCAAAGGGGGAAAAUUUAAACACCCCGUUAAAGAGUGAAGACUCCACAUGACAGACUCUGGCCAAGAUGGUUUCCUUGCCUUGUCUUUUGGGGCAGUGUAGUCAGAGCUGAUGGCACUGCAGCCUGUCACCUGAGACCUUGGGGCUUGGAGGCAAAUCCUGCCUGAGGGCUGAUUUCAGUCUUGAGGCCCUGAAGAAGCGUGGUCAAUGCCCUUUGUAUCAGGACUUGAGGCAAAAACUAUCACCAUCUCCAAAGUCCAAUUAAUUGCCCCGUCUUCAUUUUUCAAAAGCCCCACCUUACAUAGAUGAAACCACUUUACGGAUGUCACUGGUUUUCUUGUGACGUGAGAAAAACUUACCUUUGUUCUUGCAAUCUGUACUUUCUGCUAAAUUAAAAUCUUCCUGGGCUGCUCCCCAUCUACCCUUGAUGAAACAGAGCUAGCCUGGGCAACUUCUUUUCUUGAAUGAUUGCAUGAAUGUGUGCAAGAUCAGCUCAAUCCCAGUCCUUGUCAGAUACACUGAUGCCACUGAGUGGAAUUGCCACCUGUGUUCACAGGGGCCUGGGGUAUUUUGGUUGCCAGAUUCUGUGUAGAUCAGUUUUCUCACUGACUGGCACAUGAUUGGCACCUCCCGAAUGAGCUGGCAUGGGAGAGUGUUGAUGCUUAAGUGACUGGAGUGGUACAUGAAGGGUCAGCACUCACUGGGUAUACACACUCCUGAGUCAUUCAUGAAUGGUUGGCAUGUGAAGGGGCUGGUCUGGGUGGCAGGUGCUGUAGGUGCCCCACCCAUAUGCCCAUAUGGGACUCCAGCUCCGUUUGCCUGAGGACCUUCUCUGGCCACUAAAGUGUGGGCAUGUGCAGAGCAGGCUAGAAGUGCCAAGGAGCAGCCUUCACCCAAUGACUGAUGGGAGUGGGUGGAUGUAUGGUGCUCAGUUUCUUGCUUCUCCCAUGGGCCCAUGUUCAACACUGUGGCCCUGAUUUCCCCAGCAGAAUGGAGCCUCAGGUGUCCUGAUCACACCCUGGAUUGCCCUCCAUCUCCCUGUCUCGUUUCUCCACUGCUAUUGAGAUCACCUCCAAAUAAGCCACUUGCACACAAAUCCUUGUUCUCAGUCACUCCUGGGGACCCCAGCCUGGGAGAGGAUGUAAUGAGUCAGCAUAUAAACUGGUUGCCACAUGCAUGGGGUACUACAGGAGUCUUACUAUUUCCCUGGUCGGUUAUAAGAGAUGUCUUCUUUGAGAGAAUCAAAGUUUCUUGAAUACUUCUUUGAGAAAAUCUUGGAAAAAUCAACUUGUGUCCUUUGAU